CGGCUUUCGAAGAAUUGUGCUACAGUAGACUGACCUCGCGUUUCGGAUGGGAGUAAAUUUAGAAGGUUGGUAUUUCAACCAAAUCAAGGGGACGUGUGAAGAUGUAAACGAAGCUGACAUAAUAUCCUGUGUUGAAUAUGAUAAAACUGGAGAUCUCCUAGCAACUGGUGAUCAUGGUGGUCGGAUUGUAAUCUUCAAACGUGAAAAUGAGGGAAAACUACAGAAAUGUAUUAGUCAUAAUGUGUACUGUACAUUUGUCAGUCAUGAACCAGAAUUCGACUAUCUCAAAUCAUUAGAAAUUGAGGAGAAAAUCAAUAAAAUUCGAUGGCUACCACGAACUAAUCAUGCUCGAUUUCUACUCUCCACAAAUGACAAAACUAUAAAACUCUGGCGUAUUACUGAACGCUGUCGACGUGUUGCUCCUUCGGCUGGUUGUAAUGUAUCCUCAGAUUAUUCAAUACACAGUAAUAAUAAUAACAGCAACAAUAAUACCAUUGAUAGUGAAAACGGUGAAGACAGUCCAUCUGCAAAAAAGCCAAUACCAAAUCGAAUCUAUCGUAAAGAUGACCUGCGUGUACCAUACUAUGAAGAUAUUGAACCUGUUAUGGAUGCUCAUCCUAAACGUAUAUUCGCUAAUGCACACGCCUAUCUGAUCAACUCCUUAUCAGUGAAUUCUGAUCAAGAAACAUUUUUAUCAGCAGAUGAUUUACGGAUCAAUCUAUGGAAUUUAGAAAUUACUGAUCAAUCAUUCAAUAUUGUUGAUUUGAAACCGGUGAAUAUGGAAGAUCUAUCAGAAGUGAUAACAGCUGCCCAAUUUCAUCCAUCCGCAUGUUCCUUAUUCAUUUAUAGCAGUAGUAAGGGUACAAUCCGCCUCUGUGAUAUGCGUCAACGUGCUUUGUGUGAUGAACACGCGUUAUCAUUUGAGGAAGCAGAUGAUCCAAUGAGUCGGUGUUUCUUCUCCGAAAUUAUCAACAAUAUAUCCGAUUUGAAUUUUAGUCAUUCCGGCAGAUAUAUAUUAAGCCGUGAUUAUUUAACCUUGAAAGUUUGGGAUUUGAAUAUGCCGCGUCAACCGGUUGAAACGUAUCUAGUUCACGAUUAUUUCCGUACAAAACUUUGUGCACUAUAUGAAAAUGAUUGUAUAUUUGAUAAGUUUGAAUGUCAAUGGUCACCGAAUGAUGAAUACGUGGUAACCGGUUCAUAUAACAAUUAUUUUCGUGUAUUUGAACGUGGCACUUCAAAAGAUUUACUCAUGGAAGCAUCUCGUGAAGCAAUGGAAAAUAGUGUAUGCGGUAAAUUGAAACCAUGUCAAGUAGUUUGUGAUGGAUCAGGUGGAGCCACAUCAACAUCAGCAUGGUCUGAAGGGAAAAUCAAUGUGGAAUGUAUGGAUUUAACGCGUAAACUGUUGCAUUUAUCCUGGCAUCCACGUGAAAAUACUCUAGCGUUAGCUGGUACAAGUAGUCUCUACCUUUUAGAUUACUAUCCUGGUGAGAAUAAGUUGGAGACAUCUCAAAUGAGUAACACUAAUAAUAAUAGUAAUUACCUGUUGAACGGAAAUAGUAUAACUGCUAUGCAGUCUGAUGAUGCAAUUGUAAAUUAAUGAUGAAAGUAUCGUACUCUGUUUCCUUUCCAAUCCUCACCCUCCGCUCUCUCCAGUCCUCAUUCUUCCUUUCCAUGUACUUCCUAUGUGUAUAUUCAUAUUUGUGUGUGUUUGUAUGUGUACGAUUAUUGUUUAUUCAUACACACACGCACACACACACACAAUGAUUUAUAUACAACAUAGAUUGUGUAUAUCCCAUGUACUUUUUGUUUACCUACCACCUUUUUCGUAAAUAGUAAAUUGCAUUUUUGUUCUCUCUCUCUCUCUCUCCUAAAACAAACUGUGUGUUGUUAUAUAUAUUUCUAUUAUAAUAUGUCCCUUUUUGUGUCUCCUAGGGUUAAAAAUGAUUCCAGCUGCAUAAGAAUUAUGUAGAAAAUAAAAGCAGAACUUAAUAUCCACACACACACACAUCUUUGGCAGCAGUCACACAAACAUUAUCAUCCCCUUGUAGAAUUUCUUUUAGUUCGGUUUAUCUUUUGUCUCUAAUGUGACCUUUUUUAUCAUCAUUAGAAUCUUUGUACUACUCCCACCCCGCCGCCGACGUACCCUUCCUUUGUUUGAAUAUGGUUGGUAUUAUUUUGUUUGCUGACGUGUGUUUUUCUUUUAUAUAGUCGAAAAAUGCCUAACUGCAUUUCAUCUCUAAUUGGGCUAUUUGUCUCAAUCCUGUUCUUGUAUUCUUUCAUAUCUAUGAUCAUUUCUUUUUACUAGUGUGUGUGUGUGCAGUGUGUACUACACAGUAACAAAACUCUUGUGGACGGGUUGUUUCUGUGUGAGUAUGUUUUAUCCCCUUUUUUUCAAAAAGAAAAAAAGAGAAUUAAUAUCUGAGACGUUGUCAUUAUCAUUAUUGGCAUUAUCCUAGGUCAGUCACUACCUUGCAUCGUGUAUCCUCCAUCCUCUUCAUACUCAGGUUGUACUUCUUCUCCUUCUCCUCCUCCUCCCUUAUUCUUAUAUAUAGUGCGCCUUAAAUAUCAUAUGUAUGAUGUAGUGUUUGUUUCGCUGUAUUCUUGAAGGAUCAUUUCAUUUCUUCUCGAUUGUAAAAAUCUGUUAACUGUUCUUUUUCCGUAGUGAUGAAACUUGUUUUGUAGAGGUUGCCGCUAUAAUAUAGACGUAUAUAUUCUGGUAAUUCACUUCUGAAAAAACAUAUCUUCUCUGUUUGUAAAAGAAGCACUCUUUACACAACACACAUGCAUCGAUCUCUCUUUUCUCUACCUGUCACUCUUAUGUUUGUGUGUGUGUGUGUGAAGGUGUAGCUAUUUCUCACAUAUUUUCUGUCUGAUUGCAUAAGAUAUUAUUAUUAUUCAAUCAUUUUUUUAUAUUCUUGUAUUUAUCACUUGAGUUCGACUGUUUUUUAGCUUACUUUUACACCACCUACCUGUGUGUGCGUGGGCGUGUGUGCGGUCGUCUCUGUACCUGUGUAUAAGUGUGUGUUUGUUUGUGUGUGUGUCACCACUUUUUCUCUCUGUCUCUCUCUCUCUAUCUCCAGUGGUUUCUUUUUUCUUUUGUGUGUACUUAAAGAAAAAAGAAAUUUUUUUAUUUUUAUCUCCUUCCAAGAUGUAUACUAUUUUUUACAAUAUACUACUAACUAACUAACCAGCUGGUAUUGAUUGAUUAUUCAUCUGUCUGUUAAUAAAUAUACAC